AGACGCGCGAGGGAGGCGGCCGAGCGGCGCAGGCGGCUCUGCGGAGGGCGCGGUGGGCGCGGGCGGCGGGGCCCGGGAUCCCCGCGCGCCUCCUCCGCGCGGCGCCGCCGCCGCGCGUCCUCACGCCCCGCGCUCCACGGCGCCCUCGCUCCGCGCGCCUCCCUUGCCCGCCUCUUGCCAGCCUCCGGGCCGCGGCCGUCUGCAGAGCGAGCGCUCAGACGGAGCUCCCGGGCAACUUGAGCAGCGCCGGUCGGCGGCGGAGCCCUGGACCGAGCCCCCUGAUCCUGCGGCGAGUGAGAGGACUCGCGUCCGCCGGAGUGACAGUCGUCCAAAUCAGCGGGCAACGCCGACUCUUCGGCGCCGGGCUCCGGCUGGAGGCGAAGCCGCGCCGCGAGACUCGUACCGCUCUCGGCGGGGCCGCCGGCCUCUUCCCCGCCGCCCGGGAGGGCGAAGCCGCGCCUUUUCAGACUCUCGCUUCGCAGCUACAGCACCGGAACGCGCCCCGCCUCGCCGCCACCUUCGCUGUGUCGCCCCUGGAGGGGGCCACAGCCCCGCGCCCCGGCCGGAGGAUGUGCGUCCCCGCGGGCCGGCCCGCUUGAGCCAUGCGCCCCAACGGCGGCGGCGCGCCGGCCGGCAUGGAGCCCCGCGCGGCCGCGCUCUGACUCGCUGUGCGCCCCGCGGCCGGCGGGCGGCGGGCGGCGGCGGACCGAGAGCCGGAGACCGGCGCCACGGGACCGGGACUGAAGCGAGCGGGCGCGGGCGCCGCGCAGAUGGCCGGGGCGAGCAAGGUCUGAGGCUCCGCUCCCCGAAACGUGACCAUGUGGAUUCAACAGCUUUUAGGACUCAGCUCCAUGUCCAUCCGCUGGCCGGGCCGCUCCCUUGGAAGCCAUGCUUGGAUCCUGAUAGCCAUGCUGCAGCUUGCUGUGGAUUUCCCGUCCUGUGAGUCCCUGGGCCCAGGCCCCGAGUUCCGGCUCCUGCCACGACCACCGCAGAGGCCCCCGCGGCUGUGGAGCCUGAGGAGUGGACAGCCGUCCCGGCUCCCUGCCCCUGUGUGGAGCCCUCGGACGCCCCGGGCGGAGCGGGCCCAUGGGCAGAUGCCCCGUGCCAGGAGAGCCCAUAGGCCCAGAGACCAGGUGGCCUCCCUCGUGCCCAAAGGGGGGCUCGCCAAGCCCCCAGCUGCUGCCAAAUCCAGCCCGUCCCUCACUUCCUCCUCCUCGUCCUCAUCCUCCGCGGUGGCCGGAGGGGCCCCCGAGCACCAGAGUCUCCUGCGGCGGGGGAAGAGGCACGUGCAGGACACUGGUCUCAGUAGCUUCGACUUCAGGGGCAGCAGGCCCACGACAGAGACAGAGUUCAUCGCCUGGGGGCCCACGGGGGACGAGGAGGCCCCGGAGGCCAACACUUUCCCGGGCGUGCAUGGCCUCACCACGGUCCCCAUCUCACAAACACGGAAGACGACUGUGGCCACCACCACCAUCGCUGCCACCACGGCCACCUCCAUCACGCUGCAGACCAAGGGGGUCACUGCCUCCCCGGAUCCCCGGAGAAGAGUCCCCGCUGGGGCUAGCACAACGGAGCCUUCCCCCAGGCCCAGCAACAACGGGAAAGACAGCAAGCCCCCCCGGAUUCUGGGGGAGACCUCAGGUUUGGCUGUGCAUCAGAUCAUCACCAUCACCGUCUCCCUCAUCAUGGUCAUCGCUGCCCUCAUCACAACUCUUGUCUUAAAAAAUUGCUGCGCCCAAAGCGGGAACACCCGGAGGAACAGCCACCAGCGCAAGAUCAACCAGCAGGAGGAGAGCUGCCAGAACCUGACGGACUUCACCCCGGCCCGGGUGCCCAGCAGCAUGGACAUCUUCACGGCCUACAACGAGACGCUGCAGUGCUCCCACGAGUGUGUCAGGGCGUCCGUGCCCGUGUACACCGACGAGACGCUGCACCCCUCGGGGGAGUACAAGUCCACGUUCAAUGGGAACCGGUCCUCCUCUGCUGACCGGCAUCUCAUCCCUGUGGCCUUUGUGUCUGAGAAAUGGUUUGAAAUCUCCUGCUGACUGGCGGAAGGCUUUUUUACCUCCUGGGGGCAGGGCGGACGCCACGUGUCUGCUUCA